ACUCCUCCUCGUGGGCCCUGUAUAUGCAUACAUGUGAAAAAACUUGCAUCGAAACACAAGCCAACCACGAAGCUCCACUACAUACCCAAUGCUCUAUGCUCGCUCUCCUCUCUCAUACUCCUCCUUUUCAUCUCUUCUAUUCCCACCUCCAUUGCUCAGCCCCCACAGGUCCUGGUGUGGCCCAAGCCCAGGAACCUCACAUGGGCUCCCCCCUACUCCUCCAUCCUCCUCUCUCCGACCUUCACCAUCUCCUACCCCGGCUCCAAUCCCUACCUCCAAAACGCCGUCAGCCGCUACCUCCGUCUCAUCCUUGCCGAAAAAUACACUCCCGUACGGCCUGUCCCCUCCAAUCUCACUGCCUCCACUGUGCCUCUCCAAACCCUGAUCCUCUCCAUCGAGGACGAAACCUCCCCCUUGCAACAUGGGGUCGAUGAGUCUUACUUGCUCUCAAUUCCCUAUGGCACUGGAACACUGUGGUCAGCCACAGUGUGGGGAGCAAUGCGUAGUUUGGAGACGGUCUCGCAGUUGGUUUGGGGCAAUCCGGGCAGGUUACCGGUCGCCCUUGAGAUUUGGGAUGCCCCUCUGUUUGAGCACAGGGGGGUGAUGCUUGAUACUGCCGGGAAUUACUAUGGGGUGAGGGAGAUAUUGAGGACAAUCGCGGCGAUGAGCGAGAACAAGUUGAAUGUGUUCCGCUGGCACAUCACGGAUGAGGCAUCGUUCCCAAUUGUGUUGCCGGAGCUGGCAGAGAAAGGGUCGUAUGGGGCGGAGAUGCAGUAUUCCGCGGAAGAAGUGAGGGGCAUUGUGGAGUUUGGGAUGAGCGGAGGGGUCAGAGUAGUGCCUGAGAUCGACAGUCCGGGGCAUACCGCCUCAUGGGCAGCAGCAUACCCUAAGAUUAAGAUUGUGGCCUGCGCCAACAUGUUCUGCAAAGACCCGCUGGCUCUUCAGCCCGGCACCGGACAUCUUAACCCCCUCCACCCUAACACCUAUCCUCUCCUUCGCAAAGUUCUUCGCGACCUUGCUGCACUCUUCCCCGACUCCUUCCUCCAUGCUGGAGGUGACGAGGUCGUCCCUGGUUGCUCGAAGGCUGAUCCCAACAUCCAAGCUUUCUUAGCCUCUGGGGGAACUUUGAGCCAACUCCUCGAAACUCAUAUUAAUGCCACUCACCCUAAUCGCACUGCAGUUUACUUUCAGGAUGUCCUUGUCAGCUCCACUAUUAACGCGAAGCCUGAGCUGCUCCCGAAGGAGACCACCAUCUUGCAGUCAUGGAGCAAUGGACCUCACAACACCAAGCUCAUAACAUCCUCGGGUUAUAGAGCAAUAGUGUCGUCCUCUGCUUUCUACUACUUCGAUUGUGGGCAUGGUGAUUUCUUGGGCAAUGACAGUAGCUAUGACAGGCGGGGUGAUGAGGGCAAUGGGGGCUCAUGGUGCGGUCCUUUCAAAACAUGGCAGAGGAUUUACGAUUAUGAUAUAACGAAUGGGUUAACCACAAAGGCGGCAAAGCUAGUGCUUGGUGGGGAGGUGGCACUGUGGCCGGAGCAAGCUGAUGGGACAGUGUUGGAUGCAAGGCUUUGGCCAAGGACGGCGGACUUUGCCGAGGCAAUGUGGUCAGGGAAUUGGGGUGAGACGGGGAUGAAGAGGUAUGCGGAGGCCACUGAUCGUCUCGAUGAGUGGCGAUAUCGGAUGGUGGCGAGAGGGGUGGGGGCUGAGCCUAUCCAGCCACAAUGGUGCCUCAAAAACCCAGGGAUGUGUAACUUAAACCAGUAGUUUAUGGAAAGGGGAGGUGUGUAUAUUCUCCUUCAAUUUCUGGGGAGACUUGCUGAGAGGGUGUA